AUGAGGAGCGCCGCGACGCACCACCACCGAGGAACCACCGUGGAUCCGACCAUGGUGGACAGGGCAUGGGGCGGAUCCAGCCAGGGCGCCGUGUGGGGUGGGGCCAGCCAGGGGCGCGGCGCGCGUCGGGCGGCGGAGCCGACGGGGAGUAGCACGAGACUUUCUUGGUGCUGGAUAGCAUCGCCACCAGGUUGGCUCCUCCCAGUCCCAGCUCCCAGCAACCUCCGAUCCGAUCGAGAACGCAUGGCCUUCUGGGCUGUGGAGGUGAAGCCUGGCGAGCCGUACGUCCAUGAGUCCUCCCGCCAAGGCCGCCUCCGCAUCACCCAGGCUACACUAGGUAAUCUUGAGAGUGUUGGUUGGAGCACCAUAGAAUGCAGUGUUGGUAGUAUGAUGCCUGUGAGGCUCUGCGCAUUGAACUCUACAUCGGGCAUGUACAGAUUAGACCUGGAAUAUGACGAGGAGCAAAAUGUUGUUUUCUCUGUGAUUGGGGAUAGUUCAGUUCACCUGGCAGGAUACUACAAGAUCCCUGAUGCUGCUGCCAACGUACAAGCUCUUGUAACACAAAGUCAAGAAGCUGAUGAUCGUGAAACCACACAUGUUCACGGUAUUGCACAGGAAACCACACAUGUUCAUGGUAUUGCACAGGAACACAAUGCUCUAGACACUGAAGUACAUAAUGAUGGUACAAAUCAAAUGGUUGAGCAAGCUGGUAUUAAUGCUGCUGCCAACGUAGACGCUUUUGUAACACAAAGUCAAGAAGAUGAUGAUCAUGAAACCACACAUGCUCAUGAUAUUGCACAGGGACACAAUGCUCUAGAGACCAAAGUAAAUAAUGAUGGUCCAAAUCAAAUGGUUGGGCAAUCUGGUCUUAACAUGAAGAUCUCUGAUGAAGUAUCCCUUGGUUCUGGUCAUCGUCCAGUCUACAAAGAAGAUGUAGGAGGCCCUAUCGACGGGUUGAAAAUAGAUGAACUAAAAUCGGGAGAUUGUAAUGCUGAAAUAGCAUCUGAUGGGAAGGAGGUUGAAGUGAAAUAUAUUGGAAUGCUGAAGGAUGGGAAAGUUUUGACUCUUCUGAAGGUCACCCUGCCACUUUCAAGUUCACGCUCGGUGCUCACAAAGUAUAAGGACAAACCACAAAAGAAGACAAGACCAGACGUACCACAAAAGGAGACAAUACCAGAUGAACCACAAAUGGAGAUAAUACCAGCCAACUCAUGGCUUGUUUAUGAAAUUGAGUUACUUAGAGUGUCGGAUCCUGGUGAAGAGAAACCUAAAAAGAAGAAGUCGAAGAAGUCUCGUUUGGUGAAUCGUCACUAG